CCAACCAAAUCCCCAUCGAAAACUAGAAACUCAGUUAUCUGCAAACUAUCAAAUUCUUCAUCAACAACCAAAUCAUCCAUCCAGUAUUAUUUUUUGAAGAAAUGUCUUUGAUACCAAGCUUCUUUGGCAACGGCCGCCGUAGCAACAUUUUCGAUCCAUUUUCAUUGGAUGUUUGGGACCCAUUUGAGGGCUUCCCAUUCUCCUCCGCCGUUGCCAAUCUCCCUUCCUCCGCCAGAGAAACAACCGCGGUGGCAAAUGCUCGGAUCGACUGGAAAGAGACGCCGGAGGCCCACUUGUUUAAAGUGGAUGUUCCCGGGCUGAAAAAGGAAGAAGUGAAGGUUGAGGUUGAAGAUGGCAGUAUUCUUCAGAUAAGCGGAGAGAGAAGCAAAGAGCAGGAGGAGAAGAACGACAAGUGGCAUCGCAUCGAGAGGAGCUCCGGCAAGUUCAUCCGACGAUUCAGGCUGCCGGAGAAUGCAAAAUUGGAACAGGUGAAGGCGGCGAUGGAGAAUGGGGUGCUGACUGUGACGGUGCCGAAAGAGGAGGUGAAGAAACCUGAGGUCAAGUCCAUUGAUAUCUCUGGUUAAUGUUUUAAUUUUGUAUUCCAGUAACUUUUGGUUUGGUUUGUGUGGUUGGUUGUAAUGAAUGAUGAAUAAUUGUUUUUAUGUUGGCGUAUAUUUGGUAGUACUGUAUUUCUUUUGAAUUUUGUAUUUGAGCAAGUUUUUGAAAUUGUUUUAGUACUGUAUCACUCACUAUGUAUAACAGAAAUUCCAGAACUGGUAAGUAACAAAUUA